UCAGAUUUCUUCCACAACCUUCCACUGAAAGAUGAGACAAUGUUUGUGGCUCUCAUUUGUAUGGGCGUCAUCAUCCCCGUCAUCUUCAUCACACUUUUCCUCAUCUUUUUUUACAAGAGGAGAAAAGAGAAUAGAGAGAGAAGGUACACCAACAAAACCCACCUUAAGGUCAAAUGCUAUAUGAAAGAACUCUAAAUUCUAAUUCAAACUGUGGCCCAUACAAAUCAUAUUAUGAUGAGCACAUAUAAUCAGUAAUUCAAAAAAGAAAUUAGGCCACACAUUUUUUUUGUUAUUGCUAGCACCAUUGAAUGUUACUAUUACAAGGCAUUGCCUUACAUUUAUUUGGACAUUUUUAAAGACAUAAUAGCAAACUCGUUGCCUACAGCUUUUGAUUUAUUGGUUUUAUAUGAGAGAUUGAGAUGUAAUUUACCAGUUGUUAAAUAUAAUGAGAUGUCGCUCCUGAACUUGUACUUAAAUAUUAAUUAUAUACAUCCUGAUACCAACCGUUUCUUCACGUUAUGUCCCACAGUCAGGAGAUGUUGCUGAGAGAACAGCCGGAGCUGUCCAUGGAUGACUGCGGCAGGGGAGAGAAGACCAACAAAGAUGAUGUUCCAGACCUGCAGCUAAGAAGUGCCCCUGUUUGACAUUUCUCCGCUACCUGCCUUCAAAACAUAAACUUCCAUGCCCUAAUUUGUGCUCUAGUUGCACAUUGUUGUUAUUUUUUUGUGGUGACCACACCACAGUGACAUCAGGAUGCGUUUCUGAAUAAUGGCUUUUAAUCAAUAUUGUAAUGAUGAUCAUUUGCAUUGAUUUUAAAGACGUAUACAUCUGUGUUUUCACAGAUGAUGCACGUUAAUCAUGAUAGUUGUUCUGUCAGUCUCCACGCCCAAGCGAAAUUUUAAACUCUUGACUGUUUUAAAAAAACAAUUGAUGAAUCAAGAAUCUCAUAACAGCUGAAUAAUUUGUCCAAAUGAAUAAGUUGUAUUAAUCAUCUAUUGUUAGUAUUUGUUUCUACUGAAACCAGAUAUAAAAAAUCAGUGUGUUGCCUCCUAUGCAAAUAAUCUGAAGAAAGACAUCACAAUUUUUACUAUUCCAGAUAAUGCACCCUUAUAUCUAGAGUUACCUGGAC